AUGACCAACCAUCAAACAUACUAUUUUGAAAUCAAUGGAACGAAAUUUAUUCAACAAAACAAACAAAAGAAUUCAGAGUAUGCCAAGAAGGCCAAGAAGGGCCACAAGAUUACUUGGGUCAUGGUUUCGAAUCAUUCUGGUUUUAAAGCUCAUCAAUCAUGGGGUCUCAUUGUCAAUAAUGUCAUUGAAAAGGAUUGUUUAAUUUUAGAGAGAGAAACAACGAAUGAAACACAAGCAAGCACAUCAACAACGACGACAAUUUAUGAGAAGGAACCACAAGUUGAUUCCAAGAACUCUCCCAAAGUGAAUGUUCAAGAAAGUGUUUCUGGUGUUUCUGUUUCUGAGGAGGAGGAGGAGGAGGAGAACCAACAAGCGCCUUGCACUCCCUUGAAGGAGUCUUCUAAGAAUCAUCUGAAGAGAGAUUUAUCUCAGAGUUCACCAAGCUUAUUUGAAUCACUGACGCCUAAAUCCUCCCCCAGUGAUGCUACUAAUGCUGCUACUUAUGAUGAAGUUGAUGCAUCGUGCACCUCCCCUCAACGACCAACGACUCCUUCUCUAGAAGGAUGGAUGAAUUCACCUUCUUCUUCUUCUUGCUCGGAGACUUCUCCAAUUCCAAUACUCUCUCGUAAAACAAGAAUUCAAAUUAGAAAAAGAAGAAAGAAUAUUGCUUCUUGUUCUUCUUCUUUGAGUCAUUAA